AGGCGGGAUUUAGGGGAUUAAGGUGAGUCAGGAUUGCAAAACCCUCAGCGGAUAGUCGACCCACCCUGCCAGAUUCAGUCGCGUGGAUUAAUGUUUUAGAAAAGGCAAACACCACAACCAGGUUCAGUUUGGAACAUGGGUGAAACAGCUGGAAGAGAGCAUGGGACUGUUACAAGAUCAGCUGAGUACAUUGGCUCGUUUCCUGUGGAUGACAGUUGUUUGGAUGAUCAGAUUCAACAGCUGCACACUCAGCUGAAGUCUCUCAAGAACUGCAAGAGCAAGCGAACCGUGUCUUUGAGAUUUUCUGUCAAAGGAGUCAAAGUUUAUGAUGAAGAUGAGACGACGCUGCUCAUGGCUCAUGCGAUGUGUCGAGUCUCCCUGUCCACCGCCCGUCCCUCUGAUGCCCAGUUUGCCUUUGCCUCUCAUAAUCCUGGAAAUUCUGAUGCCCAGCUCUAUUGCCACCUCUUCAGAGCCAGACAUGCCCGUGCUGCCCAGUUCCUAAACCUGCUUCUUUGCCGCUGUUUUCAACUGUAUUUUCUGGAGAAGCACCCAGAGGAAGCUCAGGAGGAGUGUUCGGGGAAGAAGCCGAGUCGAGCUCCAUCGUUGCUGAACCAAGGGUUUCCCCUCAGUGUGAGCGCCUUGGUUUCUUUCCGCAGGGCCCCAACUCAAGGUCUGCUGCCAGGAGCUAAGUUGUUUUCACAGCAGAGCACCGAGCAAGUGAGCAGUCCUGAAGAGGGCCCUACUUCCUCUCCAACUAUAGUUCGUAAAAUGGCGAUCCGGACCAAAGAGCUGCGCUCUGGAGCUUAUCGCUCUUUUACAUUUACCCCCCUCAAACAGCGUCAUCUGCAGGACAAACUGAGUGCACCACAAGGUGGGAUGAGUGUUCAUAGAACACUUUCGAGACUGAAAGAGUUCCUUAGAAAAGGAACAAGCCACUGCAAAGGCAUGCAUGUCUCGAGCUCCCAGUUUGGCCGAAACAGAAGAAGCACUGGCUCAAGCUGUGUGGUGUUGGGCUGGCGUGUCUAGUGACUGUAGCUCCUCACUGCUGGCAGAUGAUGUUUUGGGUGCUUUCCUUCUCUGUCCUCAUCCCAAAAAGCCCAAUCGUGGAUCUCUUAUAGUUCGUUUUUCCUCUGGACUGGUAACUUAUGCUAUUAAGAAUUCCAAAGGGAAGUUCCGGCUUGAGAAGUGCCACACUGACUUUGAAAGCCUUGCUGCUUUAAUGGAGCACUACACAGAGUUCGGUGACGAGCUGGAAUGUUCUCUGAGCUGCGCACGCGUCAACCACUGUUACGACUGGGAGGAGAUGGUGAAUAAGGGUUCACGUUUACUGCAGGACAACAAAAAAGGCACUUUUAAAUGCCGAAGUUGGGUUUGAAUCAUGUAUUUCUUUUUAGAUCUCAUUUUUAUGCUAUAUUUUACUUAGUUUUAGGUAUUUGUGGAGCUGUUGAUUUUAAUAAGCUUCCCAAACAACAGUAUCUCAGGUCACUGGCACAGUUUUUGAUAUAUAUACUUUAUUUUUUUUUUAAUGAACACAUUUGUUUUUGCCUGUUGGCAGUAACCUCAACCCAACCUCUAAAACACUCACUUUAUUGGUGUGUUUUUCUUUUUUUCUUAGGUUUUUUUUUUGGUUGAAAGUUCUUUUAUAGGGAAACAAGCACUUAUGUUUUUCAUGUCAGUGUCAGAUUUAAAUGUGUACUCAACAUUUGUAUAGAGUGCAUACUGUAUAUAUUUGUUUUACUAACGCUGUAUUAUGUCUUUAAAAUCAUGUUUUUGUAUGUUGAUCUUACAUCAGGCUCUUUUUCUCUCUUGUUUUUAUGAUGGCAAUAGUUUAAGAGAGAAUAUUUAGUGAUAACUUCAAACCCCAAAUUGUCUAUCACAAAUUUAUUAACAGUUUUUUUUUUCUUGUACUAAUUAAUAUUUUUGUAUCUCUUGCACAUUGCACCUCUCAAAUACACACAGUUUCUAUUGUUAGCUUUGCACCAAUGUAAAUGAAGUGAUUUGCCUCCUUUACAUAAACUGAUUUUACACU